AUGCCGCCUUCGAUGGAGUCUUCCACCUCAUCUGGGUCAUCAGAGCCCGUUACUCCUCCUUUGAACCGCAACGCAACCUGGGCUGCAAGCCGCAGCGCUGCCGCCGAUGCAUCAGAAACCACGCCCCAAAAAGGACCGUCCGCGCCUACCGACAGUUCAUCACCUCUAUCCCUCCGAAAGAGAUUUGCGUCCUUCACACGCUCAGCUGGCAAGAAUGUCUCUGGCUCGCUCUCUGCCGGUGCUACUUCGCCCUCAGUGACGCCGCUCCAAGAUAGCUCGCAGCGAAUCGAGAGAUUGGAUCUUCAAAAAGGAGCAGUUGGAGCAAACACAGGAGACCCACCAACGUUGUCAAAUCAUGCAUCCUCAGCGCCCAUCUCUCGCAGAGGCAGCUUUACGGAGACUGGUGAGCGAGACGUGUUCAGUGCACCCCCCAAGGACGACAUUCUCGAUGAUUCGCCGCUGCAGUGUAUUCUCAGGAGCCCCAAUGCUCGAGCUCUUCCGGGACAUCCAGGCAAUCUGACGCCCACUCAAACGCAAGCGCUCCACGAGCUCACUCAGGCACUGAAGAGUGACGGAGCACUUCAUGAUCCUGAAUCGGAACCUCCUUCGUACCAAGAAACGCAACUGCUACGCUUCCUUCGAGCACGUAGCUUCAACGUUCAAGCAGCACGGGCCAUGUACCUGAAAGCGGAAGCGUGGAAAAAGGAGAUCGACUUGGACCGACUCGUUCGGGAAUUUUCUUUCGACGAACGCGAUGCGGUCGCUGCACACGGCUGGUGCAUGUACUUUCAUAAGACCGAUAAGUUGGGACGGCCGAUCUUCAUCCAAGAUCUUGGCUCGAUGAAUUGCACCGAGGUGUUUCGCAAGACGACACCGGAACGAGUGAUUCAGAAGUUUGCCGUGACACUCGAGCUUGCAGUGCGACAUCGAUACGAACCUUGCACCAUCGCAAGCGGUCGAUGGGUCGACGACAACAUGAUGGUGAUCAACCUAGCCGGUCUUGGACUGAGCACGUUCUGGUCGAUGAAGGGACAACUUCAGCAAUUGUUGAGUAUUCUAGAUAACAACUUCCCCGAGUUGUCCGGGCGGGUUCAGAUCAUCAAUGCGCCGUACAUGUUUAGUACCAUUUGGAGUUGGGUCAAAGGUUGGUUGCCAACAGCGACGGUGGAAAAGAUCGACAUCGCGGGCGCCGAGUACAAAGAGGCGGUCUUUGAGUAUGUGCGCAAGGAGGAUUGGCCGAAAGACUUGGGUGGCGAGUGCGAGUGUAGGGACGAGCAGGGAUGUAGAAAGAGCGAUCCGGGUCCUUGGGAUAAGCGCUUGGUCCGGACGGCGGAUUUGUAG